AUGGAUCCGGACGACUUCAAGUCUAAGGAGAAACCAACUAUGGAGCAAGAUAACGACCCUCGGUCGACGAGACCAAGCGACCUGGACAAGACAGUGACGGAGGAUACGGAGAUGGAGCGCAAGCUUGGCGAAGAACCACCUACAGUGUUAGUUAAAAAAUUGCGCCAAAUUUAAGUUCCUAUAACGAAACACUUGAGCUGUAUGGGUAUAUAAAAGGUUCAUAAAUUAAUGCCACGUUCAAAGUUAGGAUUUUCGAGAAAAAAAAAGGUAAAAACCCAUUUUUGUCCUCAAGAGCUUUAUAUAUUACCCACCUUUUGUUGGGUCAUCUUCAAAAGAUCUAUAAAUAUGGACCGCCAACGAUUUUUCGAAAAUUAAAGCACAAUGAAACAAAUGAAUGGAACCUAUAAAGUGAGGCAACGAUAUUAAAUGAAAAAAAGAUAUUUUGGAGAACAACCGAAAAAUGUAAAUAAAAUAUUAUAAUCUAUUUAAAAAAUCAAUUUGGAGACCUUUUUGCCCUGGUGCGCACGCGCAGGGGUUCUCCUUUUUUUCGUCUUUUCAACUGAAGUACAAUUUCAAACUAUUGUUUCUUUUUAAAUAUUACCCAGUGUUUCUGCUAACGUUCUAAAGCCUUUCCGAGCACAUUCGAACAUAGUUAUGAAAAGAAAUUUCCAAGUGAAAUUUUGGUAUUUCAAAUUAUUAUUAUUUUUUUUUGAACGUUUUUUUGUUACCACUGGAGCAGCGCAAUGAUAAGCGAUUAAUAGACAUGAAAGAUAUUGAGUUUAUAACUUUUUGAUUAGUUAAAAAGCUGAAAACAUGUUUUACAAACCGCGCGCGUGCGCGCAGCAUGCACAGUAUAAUAUGGCAUGUUCAUGGGAGGAACGGAACAUGCUUCGAAACGAAAAAUCGUGUUCAUCAGCGCGCCAAAGUUGCUCCGAAACAGUACUAAUUUUUGUUUUGGAGCAAUUUUCGUUUUGUCCGAUGAACAUGCCGGCAUGGCAUGCCAUAACAAAAAAAAACAUUAAAACUGUCUUUGAAACAAUUUCGAAUAGCUUUGCGACGCGCAAACUUGUUCCUUCCGCAUGCACCCCUCGUAGAACUGCAUAAACUUCCAUUUUUUAAAUUUUUUCUUAACAGUUCAGUUUCCUAUUUUAUCCAAACUCAUCCGAGUCUCAUUUUUUGAUUUUCGACUUCCAAAAUGUAAAAUUUUUUUUAUCUAUAUGUUUCACUCUCUUUUCACUCCAACGCUGACAAGUUCCGAUGGAAUUUUUUCCUCUCAUUCUAUUUUUAUUAAUUUCAGUUAUUUUUUAAACAUCUUAUAUCCGCACUAUACAAGCACCUGGAGAACUGCCAACCGUUCAAACGUAUUUGACAGCAUAGAUCCCACGGCGUUCUUUUGACGACGCCCCUCCCACAAUUUCCGUAAUAUUUGACGUCUUUUGUGCAUACACAGAACGACGCUAACUCGCAUACUCAUUAAAUUCAAAAAAAUAAUUUUUUUCCUCGAAAAAAAUAGCGUUUUUUUCAAAACUAUAGACGUGGAAAAAAAUCGAUCCUUUCACAAUUCCUUUUCUAGUUGACAAAAAAACAUUUGGGUGAAAGUUUUUUUCUUAUUUUUCUGAACACUUUCAUACCUUUCAUCCUCAAAAAUUGGUUAAAGUCCUUUUUUUGAGUGAAAAAAACGUGGAGUUUUUGUGCCGAAAAUGACUUAUUGUGGUUCUAUGUGUCUUUCCCGACUUAUUGAAAAUUUAAAAAAAGUUUUUCUUUACAGAUUUAGUUUAGUUCAUCCACCUAGUGGUAUUUUUUUCUCCUCUGCAACAUCGCCAUACCAUUCUGAUGUUGCGAAAAUGAAAGAGAUUGAUUGAUUCGAAUAAAAAAAUUUAAUUUGAAACUGAAAAAUGUUGCUGAAAGGCUUUUUGCUUUAAAGGGAAAAAUUUGGUCAAAACACAGCAGUUAAUAUUGAAAAAUUGAAAAAGUUCCUUCGCAUUUUGCUGUCGCAAUAAAAAAAUAAUUACCGUAAAUCAGUACGAAACAGAUAAAAGAUACAGCUGUAAUGGUUCUCCUUUUUAUCAUCGCAACAUUUCAUCAUGCUUUGUGAACAUGUGCCAAGAGAGGCGGUGCCUGAGGCACUCGCCCUCUCUAUUGAUUACAACAUCACUCUGGCAUGGCGCACUGCUAGCGUGCGCCACGAAAUAAAGAUUCAAGCCGAGUCGCUUAACCUCGCAAAACAAAAUAACGCGGAAAUGAGGGGAACAUUUAUUCCCGCGUUACAUGGAGGUCCCGAGAACUUCCACCAUAUUCCAUCCGGUGGAAGGUGAAUUCCUGUCAUUCCCCUAUUCGAACUACGACAGACUCUCGGAUUCUGAAUUACUUUUACCGCUACACCUAUUCAUAUUCAACUAUUUCUACGAUUGGCAGUUUUCGUACUAUCGUGUUCGGGUACGAGCGAGGCAGAAACUACUACAAGGAAAGGACGUGAGCAGCCAGAUGAAGCAGAACUUGUGAGGCAAUUUUAACGAAAAAUUUGAAUUUUAUUGAGCGUCCUUGAAUAUUGUUAAUUGAAUUAUUAUUAUUAUUAUUGUACUCAUCGGAUGGGGGGGUGGGAAAGCAAACUGUGAGAGUACCGGCCAAGAAGCCUUGAAUUUAUAGAUAUUAUUGAAUGCUAAUGAUUAUUUGGACCGAGUAGUGAAAUUGUUGAAGAAUUUUUUUCUAAAUCUACGUCAUUGUUUCUGCCGCCCGAUCUAGUUUACCAAAAAUGUUUAUCUUCACUUCCUUUCAUAUCUAUCUCAUUGGCUGUUUUAAGCUCAGUACCUGAUUAUUGGGUAAAUAGUGUAAACUGAGCUAGGUUUUGAAGAUUAUUCAUCUGCCAUCGUUUUUGAUAUUGUUUCUGAAUCUGUAUUUGUAACUUCAGUUGUUAGGCGAACUAGGCAAGCCAAAGUCCGGCACAUUCCAUCUGAUUUUUUUGUUUCACAUGUUCACCUGAGAACCAUUCUUUUUAAGAUCUUGAAGCCUCGAGGACGAGACUUUCGUCGACGCCCGGGAUGUGGUGCUUUUUCUCUUAAAUUGCUCUAGUAAUUUACUAUGUUAAGUAUCAUCCAUCAUUCUUUUUAAAGCCUCGGGACGAGUCUUUUGUCCAGGGGUUGGAUGUAAUGGUUCUCCUUUUUAUCAUCGCAACAUUUCAUCAUGCUUUGUGAACAUGUGCCAAGAGAGGCGGUGCCUGAGGCACUCGCCCUCUCUAUUGAUUACAACAUCACUCUGGCAUGGCGCACUGCUAGCGUGCGCCACGAAAUAAAGAUUCAAGCCGAGUUCGCAUUAAAAUCCGCUACACAUUUAACCGGGAAAUGAGGGGAACAUUUUCCCGCGUUACAUGGAGGUCCCGGAUACUUCUGCUAUAUUCCAUCUAGCAGAAGGUGAACUUCUGUCUUCCCCUAUUCGACCUACGACAGAUAAUCCGGCCACACUGAUUGCUACCAGUUAUUCUAUUCUACUUCAAAGACUCUAUCUGGCACUCGCACGUUUUUUGGUUGGCGUACGAGACAUCUACGAAGUCGCACCUGAACAGAAGAAGAACACCCGGCGACUUGCGGUUUGGUCGGUUACGCAAGUACACUUAGUCUGUUCAUUUCCUUUAUCUCUGAUGUGUUUUCUCAAAAUUUAUUUUUUGGAAGUGAUAAUUUAAAAACCAAUUUCUGAUUCAAACUCUGUCUACAUAUGGGAUGAAUGUAACAGUUGUUAAUUGUACAGUUUGAGCGUGGCUGUCCUCAUAGAAAUUGUAUCACUGAAUAUCUUUAAAAAUCUGCCAUCAGAGACCUUAUUCAUUUCAAAUGUAAACUCUCUUUUUCUCAAAAUUGAAGUAGCAUCAGUUGUUAAGCGAACUUGGCAAGCCAAAGUCCGGCACAUACCAUCCGAUUUUUUUAUUUCACAUGUUCACUUGAGAACCAUUCUUUUUAAGAUCCUGAAGCCUCGACGACGAGACUUUCGUCGACGCCCGGGAUGUGGUGCUUUUCUCUUAAAUUGCUCUAGUAAUUUACUAUGUUAAGUAUCAUCCAUCGUUCUUUGUAAAGCCUCGGGACGAGUCUUUUGUCCAGGGGUUGGAUGUAAUGGUUCUCCUUUUAACAUCGCAACAUUUCAUCAUGCUUUGUGAACAUGUGCCAAGAGAGGCGGCGCCUGAGGCACUCGCCCUCUCUAUUGAUUACAACAUCACUCUGGCAUGGCGCACUGCUAGCGUGCGCCACGAAAUAAAGAUUCAAGCCGAGUUCGCAUUAAAAUCCGCUACACAUUUAACCGGGAAAUGAGGGGAACAUUUUCCCGCGUUACACAGCUGAAAUAAACAUGAAAAAUCACGUGAAGCACUUGAGCAACAAGAAAUUCAAAUGUUCGCGCGCAAGCUGUCUACCGUAAAUCUAGGUGGAGCAACCCUUCCAAGCCGCUCCACAUUUUCAAAAAUUUUACAUUUUCUUCCACUACGCAGAACGCCGUGUAUCCUUCUUUAUCAACUUUUUUUGAAAUGUUUUUUUUCAAAUCUUCAAUGUGCAAUGUUUAAAACAAAUUUUAAAAAAAACCAUAUGGCUGUCCUGAAAAAGUAGCUUUAAAAAAAAAUGUUUGCUUCAAGGAGUUUUCUUCCUAUUUUUAAUAUAAAUUUCGGAGUCUACGUAUCAAAUAAGGUGUUGGCCAACCCUAUAUCACCAGUUUUAAUUUUACUAAUGGUGACUGCCGAGUCAGUGUGAUUUCAGAUGUCCGUCAACCAAGAGUAUACAUAAAGAUUCAAAAAAAGAAGACGAAGGCAAAGGAAAAGAGGCAGAGCGAGCUCAAGAAGUUUCGGUGUAUGCUUACAAAUACGAUAAUGAGGAUAAGGUAAGAGCGUUUUUUUCAUUUCCAUCUUCAAAUUCAGUUUUUCGAUUCAUAAGGAAUGAUCUAGUUUCCAGGUACUCCGAAGUUUCGACUUUUUUCAUGGAUAUCUGCCCCGAGAAGACCUUCCAUAUCUUCUUCGUGUCGACGGUGACUUCAUCUUGCGCAUUAGUGAAGUCGCUGUGAGUUCGACCUGGAAUUUUCGUUCAGAGCUGAGCUGCUCUCAAGUUUUUUGAUUAUUUUUUCGGUUUUCCAUUGCAAGAAAGAUGAAAUCUAUAAUGCGGGUUGAAGUUAAGAUCUUAAAAAUGUCUCAUAUUAAGAAGUCUUUAAGUAAUUCUCAGACUUUUAUUAUUGAUUUAAUUCGUAGGAAUAAUUUCAUCUUCUAAUUUUUUUAGAUGUAAAGAAGUCAACUCAAUUCUGUUAGAUUGAAGGGAUUUUUAGCCUUCAUGGUUAAUCGAGGUUAGAGUGAAUCUCCGCAAGCUUUUUAGAAUUUUCUUAAUAUUUUUGAAUGAGAAAUAUGAUAUCAUUAAGCCGACCAACGAAUCGCCAACUGCGUACUCUAUGAAGCUCCGUUCUAAAAUUCAAUGGGACAUCAUCCUCUCUUGUGCAGUCCUUCAGGUUCUAAUGUUUCAAUGAAAGUUGUGGGUGUUAGAAACGAAAUUUUCAGGCCGCCGAUUUUCAAAACGCCGAAACAACUAGAGUAUUCCUUAGUUUUUUUUCUAUCCCCACUUCUGUCUUGCAGGUUCGAAACAUUAUCGUUCGACGGAAGUCUGGCCAAUACUAUCUCGAAUUGAACCGCGUCUUUGAUGGAAUCAGUGAACUUAUAGAUUUCUAUAAGACUCAACAAGGCAAAUUUUCAAACGUUGGCUUUCUCAUUUCAACGGGAGUGGAGAAUCUUCUUGCAGUUCACGUUCUUGUUGAAGAACGGGAUCAAACUCCAACAUUGGGAGUUCAUGCACAGUGCCGUGGUACUGAAGAACAUUCUGGGAGAAGGAGCGUUUGGAGAAGUGCGGCGAGGCACUCUCCGAUAUCAGAAGAAAGUCAUAGCCGUUGCUGUUAAACUAGUCCGGAUGCCCAUCUUUUCUAGAGUUUAGCCUCUCUUUUCAGACAAAAGGAGCUGGAGAACUGAGCAAGGCGAAAAUCCGCGAAAUGAUGAAAGAAGCCCGUCUUAUGCGCAACUUCCGACACACAAAUGUCGUUCGCAUUUAUGGCGUCGCUGUCGACGAAGAGCCUCUGUAUAUCAUUCUCGAGUUUGUCAAAGGUCGAGAAACGAUAAAACUGAUCGCUCUACCGCAAACUUUCAGGCGGAGCGCUGAACACGUACCUCCAGAAACACCCAGAAGUUGACAUAACCGAACGGAUCGGCAUGUGUCAUGGGGCGGCACGUGGACUAGCCUAUCUGCAUUCUAAGAACUGCAUUCAUCGCGAUAUCGCAGCUCGUAAUUGCCUCUACAGCAACUCCAAAGUCGUGAGUUCUCAAAUGUCAAACAGCUCGCGCGUAAAAGUGAAUACUGACUUAAAAACGCUUUUUUUUCAGUAUUUCACGUAAAAUUGAAUGGACGUAUUGAAGCCUAUACAAUCCAUUCUGUUUUUAGUUUGAAGAAAGAAGUUAUGGAAAACUCUUCAUGCUAGCGGUAUCAAAAAGUUUAUAUAAUUUGUCAUCGCCUCCACAAUGGAAAGGAGGUUUCUAUGCGCAAUCGCGCUCUUUCGAGAAGCUCUAAAAAUAGCUGAGAAACAAAGAUUUCUUUAAUUUAAUUUGUGAUUUAGGUGAAGCUCAGCGACUUUGGACUGUCCCGAAUGGGCUCCCAAUACAAACUGACGACUCAUUGCAAGCUGCCGAUCAAAUGGCUUGCCCCAGAAACCAUCACCACUCUGUACUUCACUCACAAGACGGACGCGUACAGGUUUGCAAAAUAAUGGACUCACUUGGGAAAUUUUCGCUUUGAGCUAUGGAGUCAUGUGCUUCGAAGUGUUUUCUAACGGAGCAGAACCUUGGGGAGGCGUCACUAACACUGAAACCAAGAAAAACGUAUGUUUUCAACUGCGACUGUGAACCGUGUGGAUGUUGCAGGUUUGCAAUGGAAAGUUCUUAAGAAUUCCUGAGAACUGUCCUGAAUCUGUCCGAGCCUUCAUUCAUGACCGGCUGUUUGUGCGGGAUCCGGAAAAAAGACCCACCAUGAAGGAGGUCAGUCUUCGUUUAGCUGUCCAAUGUGUUUCCUUUUGAGGUCGCGGCGAUGUUCGAGUCAGUGACUGAACGAAAGUCGCUCUUCAUCAUCGAUAAAGAAAAUAUAGCAGAGGUUGGUCAUGUUGCAGCACAACUCACAAGGAGGUCGCUCUAGAACUUUCUAAAAAAUUGGAGAGAUACUUUUUCAAGGUCUUGAAAAUUUUGAGAUUUGGAGCAUUACUUUUCGUAAAACCAAUGUUAUUCAGGUUGAACCUUUCAAAACCUUUAUAUAGAAUCUUAAAAUGUUUUUUUCUCAAUUUAAAAGCAUUUAUCAGUAAAAAGUAAUAGGGACAUCCUUGUCACUUUUUCAAUUUAUUUCUUUCGUAAAAAAAUAUUUUUCGAAAAAAAUUUAAUGUGUUGAGUAAGAUUUUUUUCUGGAGUAUUAAUUUCCGAUAAAGCUUAUACCUCAGGCAUAUGAGUAGUAUAAUUGGCCACAGAAAAGGGAAUGUCAUGAAAGCGUUGAAAUCAAGUUUUUUCUUUUUGAGUAAUUCUUUUUACUCGAAAAAUUGACAGGUUAGCAGCAAGGAUCGGAAAAAGACGAGUUUGAUAAUGGAGACGUCACCGCGAGUCAAGCCGUCCAAGAGACAGGAUUCUCAUGACCGACAUGUCCGUAGAGUCGUCCGAUCGGCUCAUUCAGAAUGUCUUUUGCAGAGGCGGAAGCGAUCCAUGUUCUCGUGA